AAAACUGUUAAAAACGUUUUAUAAAAAGUUAAUAAAAAUUUGUUUACAAACAAUUGAAAAGUGUGUCGUUACUUUCGUCUGAAGCCACACAGUUCGGUUGAGCAAAAUGGCUAAUAAACGCAACUUGCACUUUACUCGACAUAAUGUCGUCGGAAACAUCUCUCAUUAACUCAACAUUAUUGGAAGAACAAAAUAUUGAAAUUUCUCCGGAUAAACAAAAAGAAAUUCUAUUGCCACUUACAUCAAGUAAUAGUCCAAUCAUACCUCAUGACGAUACAGAUUUGUCUUGCUCAGUAAGACUACAGCCGCUUAAUAUUUUAGCACUGGUGGAAAAACAAAGCACAGCAGUUUCUUGUUAUAGGCCUUUAAAUAUUUUAUUAACAAGUACACCAAAAGCUGAACCACAAGUUUGUUCUUCUGGUGAGGAUCUGUCGAGCUCACAAACACUCUCGCCGUUGUUUUUAGUAGAAGAAACGGAGGUUUGUGAGCACAGAUCCGUACAUAUUAUAAGCACAUUAAAGCCAAAAGUUGGAUCAAACGUUUGUCGUACGGCUAAAGAUUUGUUGUGCUCGAAAACACAACAGAACUCGUCCUCAUCAUUGAAUGAGAGAAAAACUCAAAAAGUUUUUAAGCAUAAGUCUACCAAAAUUCCCGUAACAUUCACACCAAAAGUUGUGCCAAAGGUUUGUUGUACUACUAAAAACUUACCGUGUUCAAAACUAAAACAACCUACAUCUUUUUCGUCAUUGUUUGCGAAAGGAACUGGAAGUACUUGUGAGUAUAGAUCUGUUGAAUUCGUCGUAGCUUCUACAUCACGUGCUGCUUCAAAUGUUUUUAAUUCGAGUUAUUCGAAAGCACAACAACAGAUUGUUAUUCCAUCAUUAACUAAACAACGAAUUAAAGUAGUUUGUGAGCAUAGAGCAGUUUGUGCAGGAAUUCCAGCCACAUUGAAAUCAGAAGCUCAAUCAAACGUUUACCAGACCGGCAAAAUUUUAACGUCCACAACAACUCUUCAACGAAAUCAAACUAUCAAGAAAAGUGUGCCAAUACCACCUGCGAAAUCACACAAGCCAACAAGGAUACCAAGAUAUCGCAACUUUCAUCCGCUGAAGUAUAGCAGUACUGUCAAAAACAAAUGCGUCGAUGUUUCGCAACUGCGCACUGAAGAAGUGAAUUUGAAACGGAAGAACAAUUGUGAUAAUAACAAUAACCAUUCGCUUAAAACAGGCUCAAGUGCUGAAGCUUACACAUUGGAAACGAAACAAGCAAAUUGUGUAUUAUCCUUGAACUCCCUCGAACAACGGAAUAACGGAACAACAAAUAAAACAGUCACCCACGAUACACAUCCUACCGGCGAUUUUAGUCCGUGUUCGAUUACAAAGCAGCCAUCACGAAUACCAGAAGGCGACUAUCCGUACACAUUUUGCUCGCGUCGCAGCUACAUAACAAGUGCUAGUAGAGCGGAGUUGGUUAAAAAACAAUUAUGUUCGUUUCGUUCAAUAUUCGGAAGCAGUGUUCAGUUAAAUAAUUAUAUUUUAGAAAAUUCUAUUGACCAAACCCGCGGUAGAAGACUUCGCACUCCAAGAUCUACUUUUACUACAUUCAAGUACAUAAAAAGUUCUGUUAUUAAAAGUAGCCGUUGUUUUCAUGAAGGCCACAAUUCCAUUAUGGAAAAUGUUCUGAAAUCCGAUGAUGAGACCGUUUCUAAGGAGGAGUGUGUUGACCAGAACGGCUUACCACAUAUAAUACCGGACAGUAUAGGUACAAAUGUGAUUGAAGAUUCUGUUACAAGUGAAACUCCCGCAGUUACAAUUUUGCGUCCCACAACACUGGAUAAGUCCGUCUCUCCUAUUGGUAGCAGCAGUAAUGCUGGAAGUCAAUUGAAGGUGUCAUCACAAACUGGUAUACCAACAGCCAUUUCACCAAAGACUCCAAAGACUUCUGUCGUAACAAAAUCUAAAGUCAUAUUGCCUUCACAUACACAGCAAAAGAGUGAACCAAAACAAAACUCGUCAACAGCACACUCUCCACAACAAAAAAGCCAUCACAAAUCUGACAAGCACCAUCCAUCAGUGUUGAAGACACCAACUAGAGUUGAAGCAAACAAAUUGAACAUUAUCAAAAGUGAUACUAGCACCCAAACUCUAACAGAAAUUAAGUCACUUGAUAUCCUUCAAGUCGCUGCAGAUAUUAUUGAAGCUCCUAAGACACCGAAGACACCACCUGUUACACCGGACACACCUUUAUGCGAUUUUGAUGAUGACAUAGAUUCGAUGUACUCAUUCGAGACAACAACAUCUGGUCGUUCAACUAUGUCUUGCGAACAUCCGUAUGUAGCACGUAACGGCACAACAUUCAGCGGCCGCCGAAUGAAGUACGUUGUGCACUGUUCGAAUUACGCUGGACAGGUGGGUCCUGACUAUUUGACACCCACACAACGUGCUCAACGUCAACUUCGCCGUCUUAAAGAGCUGCUUAUAGCUGCACGCUCUGAACUAGAAUUGAAAGAUUCAGAAAUAAUACGUUUAACACGUGAAGUAGUGGAACUGCGCCUGUUUAAAGCUUCGCUUAGUUCACCUGAAGAACGUUCCGCUUCCAGUGAUGCCGUUACUGUACGUGAAGCCGAAUUGAAAACUUCUCAAGAUGUGUCGCCUAUAAUAGAUAUGGUUGAUGAUGCUACAAAGUCCAGCCCGCGUCAUGUUUCCAGUCUUGCUUCACAACCGCAUCACCAACAAGUGCAGCAAACCGCAAUAAUGUCAUCCGAAAUGCAAAGCUCAUUUGCUGACUCUGGACAUUUCGAAGACUUAACAUCGUCGUCGGUUAAUUCCAAGGAAGGUUCAUAUACCGGCAUCACUCAUGACAUUGCAUGUGGUAAUGAUGAAGCAGCCGGCAUCGAAUCUACAACAGCGCACGAGUAUGAAUUGCAGCGUCAAGAAUUAAUACGCAUGUAUGAACAUCGUAUUGAGGAAUUGAUACGCUCGCAAGAUAAUGUAAACUCCGAAAUCAAGCGUACACACAACGACAAGAUAGAGGCGCUCUUACAGAAGCUUGCCGACUGUAAUACACGUUACGCUGAUUUAGUACCCGAUUACGAGCACGCCAAAGAGCGUAUACGCGAGCUGGAAAAACAGGUGGAUGACUUGCAGAGAAAAUUGGCCGAGCAGGAGGAGAAGCAAAAUAAAAUGUAUCUCCAUAUGUACCAGCAGGGUCAGGAGGCAGAACGUAUUGCUCGUGCCGAUCAGGCUCUGGAGUUGGCUUACCGAGCACCUAAUAAGGUCUCGAUCAACGAGCUAUUAAUCCAAUUACAAACAACACAGGACGAGUUGGAAAAUAUACGCGCAGCAGAAUGUAGAAAUGAACGCGGCAGUAAUCAUGCUCUCCUUACUGCAAAAGAGGCAAUAUCUUUAUGGGUACUUGGCGCGCGUAAGACCAUCUAUCGUCGUUUAUUGGAGGCUCAAAAAUCCCGCUGCCCCGUGGAUCCAGAAGUCACACUGCAAUUCUUGAAGAGUGCAAUAUACUAUUUUCUAACUGACAAGGAAAACUCACAAGGACACCUGCAAGUCAUCGAAAGCAUUUUAGAAUUUACCGAAGCCGAGAAACAAAACAUAAGCAAGGCUCGAUCACCUAAGUGAAUAUAUAAAUUAAGAAUAAAAAAAAAGCAAAAAAAUGGUUUACAAGUUGCAAGUUGCAAAAAGAGAUAAGAGAUAAGAAACAAGAGAAAAAAGCUAAAACUGAAACACGAAAUAAGGAAAUAUUUUUAUAUGUUAGUACUUCUAAGUUUGUUAUCGCGAAAUUUAUUGUUAACAUUUGAUUGCGACUCAUGUAUGUGCAUGUAUACGACUUUAAGUUAGUAUCCUUUCGCGCUUUAAACACAGUUAUAUAUACAUAUAUACAAUCAUAUGAUAUGUCACUAAGUUUGUUAUAUAUAUUUGAUUGUGUCUGUGUAUAUUUAGUUGACAGGCAUGAUUUUAAACAAAUUCUGUUAAACAUUAUACAAUGCUGGACUAAUUUUGUUAGUAUUUAUGUAGUAUUUAACAUAUACAUAUAUAAGAUAAUCCGCAUAACCUGCAAGUGUAUGUAUGCAUAUUAUGUGGCACAUCAAAAUUAAUGUACGAGUUUAACGAAAAUCUAAGGUUGUAAGAAUAUAAAAUUGUGGUUAUAUUUUUAUUUUUAUUUUAUACGAAUUGCUACGAGAAAAACAUUUAAUUUACAAUUUUGUUUUAUUGAUUUAAAAUAAUAUUGUUAAUUCCAAAUUCCAAGUAUUGUGAAACUUUUAUUCGAAAACGAAAAAUAA